GUGUGCAAUUUCUAAGUGCCUGUGUAUCAUCCAUCACACUGAUCCAGAGUGUAGAAGUUCUUCUGAAGAAGUAUUUCCCUUCCCGCCAUCCAGAGCAGUCCGAAGUCCAAACGCAAUGCUUCUUCCUUCUCCGUCCAUCAUCCGCCAACACAGAUCCAGAUGCACCACUCCCUCCAAUCCAUCCAUCCUGACCGUCCAUUCCAUCAUCCAUUUUACUUAUUCAAGCCUCUCACGCGAUUCUUCGGAAACCGCAAUCUCCCCCACAAAAGCAUUACUAGUUUCAGUUAAAACGGUUUAAGCUCUGUUUUAAAGGAAUCCAAAACCCUCAUUCCUUCCAAUUUCUCUCCCAUUCCGAAAACCAAAACCCUAAUUGCAAGAAAUCCAUGGCGAUUUCCAUGCCGUUCUUCCCUCUUCGCAAUCCCUUCUCUCGGGUCCUGCCUCCCUCGUGUCUCCAGAGUCGGAUCCGGGUCCGGAGCGGAUUGGUGAUGCGUUCGAGUCACGGUGAAUCAGUUCGAGAGAAUGCAAGGAUUGAGGGAAGGGAAUCGAACGGGUUGGAAUUGUUGUAUGAUGGUGGGUAUGGGACCCACAGUGUGAUAGACUACCUCGAUGCAGCGACGGAGAUGAUCAGGCCUGAUGGUGGGCCGCCUCGCUGGUUUUGCCCCGUUUCGUGUGGGCGGCCGAUGAACGGUUCUCCUUUGCUACUGUUUUUGCCAGGGAUGGAUGGGAUUGGAUUGGGACUCAUUUUGCAUCACAAAGCUCUUGGCAAGGUUUUUGAGGUUAGGUGUUUGCACAUUCCUAUAUGUGACCGAACGUCAUUUGAAGGACUGUUGGAAUUCAUCGAAGAAACUGUGAAGCUUGAGCAUGCUGCAUCUCCAAAUAAGCCAAUUUAUCUUGUGGGGGAUUCCUUUGGAGGAUGCCUAGCACUUUCUAUAGCUGCUCGUAACCCUUCCAUUGAUCUGUUGUUAAUAUUAUCCAACCCAGCGAGAUCGUUUGACAAGUCCUGUUUCCGGCCUUGGCUCCCUAUCGUGGAGGCGUUUCCUGAUCAACUCCAUGUUAUGGCCUCAUAUCUUUUGAGCUUUGUUGUGGGUGAUCCCAUUAAGAUGGGAAUGGCCAGUGUUGACAGUGGGCUUUCACCUUUAGAAACCCUGGAUCAAUUAUCAAGAAACCUCUUUUCUUUGGUACCACGUCUUGUGGGGGGUUUUGCAGAUAUUCUUCCUAAGGAAACACUUACGUGGAAACUAGGGCAGCUUAAAUCAGCUGCCUCUUAUGCUAAUUCUCAUCUUCAUGCUGUCAAAGCUGAAGUGCUAGUGCUUGCCAGUGGCAAAGAUAACAUGCUGCCUAGUAGACAUGAAGCGGAGAGGCUUUGGAAUACAUUACAGAAUUGCAAAGUACGCUACUUCAAAGACCAUGGUCAUGCCCUUCUAUUGGAAGAUGGUAUUCAUUUAUUGAGUGUUAUUAAAGGUACAAAUAUGUACCGACGCUCAAGACGAUACGACUCUCUUUCUGAUUACCUUCCACCUACUAUUACUGAACUCAAAGUCGGCAACGAGAAGAACCGAUGGUUCAACCUAGGUACUAGCCCAGUGAUGUUUUCGACUUUAAAGGAUGGAAAGAUAGUGAGAAGUCUUGCCGGGAUACCUAAUGAGGGUCCUGUAAUUUUGGUUGGUUAUCACAUGUUGAUGGGACUUGAACUGGCUCCACUUAGUGAAGCGUUCUUGAGGGAGAAGAAUGUUCUUGUUCGUGGCAUUGCACACCCAAUAAUUUUUUCUGAGAAAGCUGAAAGUCCAUUACAAGAGAUGUUCCCAUUGGAUUUCACGAAGUUAUUCGGCGCAUUACCUGUCUCAGCCAGCAACAUCUACAGGCUGUUGUCAUCAAGAUCAUUUGUUCUUCUUUAUCCUGGGGGUGCUCGUGAGGCUCUUCAUUGGAAGGUCUGUCCUUUUAUUUCACUUGGUGAAGAGUAUAUGUUGUUUUGGCCAGAUCAGCCUGAAUUUGUAAGAAUGGCAGCUCAGUUUGGAGCCACAAUUGUACCAUUUGGAGCUGUCGGAGAAGAUGAUAUGCUACAAUUGGUUCUUGAUUACAAUGAACAAAUGAGCAUCCCCUUUAUGAGGGAUUCAAUUAAGGAAUCAAAUAAAGGUAUUACAAGAUUAAGGACUGAUGUGAAGGGGGAGAUUGGAAAUCAAGACCUCCAUACGCCUUGGAUUGUGCCCAAGAUACCCGGCCGCCUAUAUUACUUGUUUGGGAAACCAAUUAAAACAAGGGAAAGGAUGGAGGAGAUGAGAGACAAGGAGAAGGCAAAUGCAGUCUACUUGCAGAUAAAAACUGAGAUCGAGAGCAUGAUUUCCUACCUGAAGAAGAAGAGGGAAGAGGACCCGUAUAGGGGUAUCUUACAAAGGGCUAUUUAUCAUGCUCUCUGUGGUUCCAACCAUCAAGUUCCCACCUUUGAACCAUGACAAUUAUCUAUUCUUUCCUUUUUAGAUAGAAAUAAAACAUCAAGUUCCCACCUUUAAACCAUGACAGUUAUCUUUUAUUUUCUUUUCUUUUUAAAUAGAAAUAAAGCGUUGCUUUGGUGGAGCUGUAAUUUCUAGUGGUUUGGGUUGUGGUUAGAUCAAUGUUACCUAAAUCACCAAACCUCAUACAUUUUCCUUUCCGAAUCCAGCUAUCUGGAUUACAGGUCAUUUACAACCUCAUA